AAAAAGCUGCGUCCCCACAUAUUCUACUUAUUUUAAAUAUUCGUUUUAAUAUAAACCUGCAUAUAAGCGUACAUAUACAUGUCUGAUUCUAUAUAUAGGCGUGAGACCCUCUUCUCCAUUCUUCACUUCACUCCAACGUGAAACCUGCAAACUUAAUUUCUCUUCAUAUUUUUCUUUAGCUUCUCUUAAUUUUACACUUAGGGUUUUCAAACAAAGAGAGAGAGAAGUGUGUGAGCGAUGAUGCAGACUCCGUACACAACUUCAACGCAGGGGCAAUAUUGUCAUUCUUGUGGAAUGUUCCACCACCAUAGCCAAAGCUGCUGCUACAAUAACAACAACAACUCCAACGCCGGUUCUUACUCGAUGGUCUUCUCCAUGCAAAACGGCGGCGUUUACGAGCAGAACGGCGAGGACUAUCAUCACUCUUCCUCCGUCGUUGACUGUACUCUGUCUCUUGGAACUCCUUCUACGAGGCUUUGUGAAGAAGACGAGAAACGUAGACGCUCUACUUCCUCUGGUGCUUCUUCUUGCAUCUCCAACUUCUGGGACUUGCUUCACACCAAAAACAACUCAAAACCGACACCGUACAAUAACGUUCCUUCUUUCUCCACUAACAAGCCAACUCGCGCUUGUUCCGCGGGUGGUGGUGGAGGAGGAGGCGGUGGCGGAGGUGAUUCUCUUCUCGCCAGACGCUGUGCCAACUGUGACACUACUUCUACUCCACUAUGGAGGAAUGGUCCUAGAGGCCCCAAGUCCCUAUGCAAUGCAUGCGGCAUUCGUUUCAAGAAGGAAGAGAGAAGAACCACGGCGGCUUCAGGAAACACCGUCGUCGGAGCUGCACCAGUUCAAACCGACCAGUACGGACAUCACAACUCCGGCUACAAUAAUUACCAUGCUGCCACUGGUAACAACAAUAAUAAUGGUACUCCGUGGGCUCAUCAUCACUCGACGCAGAGGGUUCCGUGUAAUUAUCCGGCUAACGAGAUCAGGUUCAUGGAUGAUUACGGCAGUGGAGUAGCAAACAACGGUGAAUCCGACGGUGCUCACGGCGGUGUUCCGUUCCUUUCUUGGAGGCUUAAUGUGGCGGAUAGGGCAAGUCUUGUCCAUGACUUUACCAGAUGAAAGGAAAAAAAGAAAACGACGUUAGAUUCUUAAAAUUUCCAUGUGGUUUAAUUAUGUCUAAUUUAAAAAAAAAACGUAAGAAAAUAUUUCCAAAAAAAAAAUAGAAGUGUAUAUCGAGAGACGAUGUUGAUGUUUAUUGAUAGCGACGGUCUAACUUAUGGUU